AUCGGGCACUGGGAACUCGACAGCACCCUGGAUCGGCCACAUCCAGAGCCCGAUGGCGAUCGUUGUCAAGAGUGAGCGCUGGCUGGGGUUCCUGCGGUGGCUCAAGAGCCGCCGCGUGCCCAAGGCAAAGCUGGUCCUUGCCGACUUUGCAGAUUCCGGACGGGGGCUGAUGGCCACCCGGGACAUUGAGGCUGGCGAAGCCAUCGUCGAUAUCCCCGAGUCGGUCCUGAUCACCCGGAGUGUAUUUCUGGAUUCUUUGGCCAGAGAGGGAAUCAGAGCGGAUCAGGAAUGGCCCCUCUCUGAGCACCAGGCUCUCACCCUCUUCUUGGUCUCUCAGCGCCUGUUUCCAGAGGCAAAGUGGGCACCCUAUGUCGCAAUGCUUCCAACCGAGUUUGACUCUGUAGCCUCUCAGCUGCCCGAGGAGCUGGCUCGACUCUUGCCGAGCGACUUGCAAGACAAGAUCAAGGAACAGAGGCACAAGCUCAAGCAAGACUGGACUGCGGGUUGGGACUUUCUGAAGAACAUAGAUCGAGCCUCGGAAUAUGCCUCGAUGGAUGAGCGGCUUUUUGAAUGGGCAUGGCUGGCAGUCAGUACCAGAUGCAUCACGCUCGAGAGCACCAAGAACAAAACCAUGGACUGCACAAUCGCUCUGGCUCCGAUGCUGGAUUUCUUGAAUCACUCGCUCGAGGCUCAGGUCGAGACGGGCUUUGAUCCGACAACGAGAUCGUUCAAGAUCACCACCCGCCGACCCUACCGGCGAGGCACCGAGGUCUUCAUUUCUUACGGUCCGCACGACAACAGCUUCCUCCUGGCCGAAUAUGGAUUUAUAUUGAAGAACAAUCCGUACAACCACAUCUGUGUCGAUCGAGAAUUCGACAACAUUGCGCUCCCAGGCGAGAGACCAGACUUUCGCAGCAAUGUACUUCGGAUCCUCGAGCAAGAGGGACUGAAAGGGGACUACACCCUGCACGCCUCCGAGGCGUCGUACCGUCUGAUGAUGGCCCUCCGGCUGCGUGUGUCGACGACGGCUCGAGACUUUAAGGAUGUGCUUCGGCGAUGGUACCAGGUGCAGCGCGGGGAGCGUUCGACGGUCUCGCCAGAGAACGAGGCCGCUGCCCAUGAGACGCUGCUCCAAAUCAUCGACCGACUGGAGGACCACUAUCGGCUGAACGUCGAUGAAUGCCGAGCGAUAGCUGCUGCGCGUCUGGAAAGAGCGGCGUUUGAUUAUGGCUCAUGGUGCGUUGAGGAAUUGCUCGGCGAGCAUCUCGAGAUGCUGCUGGCGUUGCGGAAUACAAUCUCGGCUCGGGGCUGAAUCUCCAUGAAA